CAAUGAUUUCCGAGACUCCGUCCCGCUUCGACUACCAUCCUCCGCUCGGCAAUCUUGGGUAUCCGGUGCCCGAGUGCCCCCCCGGUUGCGUUUGGUUCCGUGAAGUCAUCAGGGUAUCACGUCGAGGGCUGCGAAGCGCGGUGCUUCCGUUAUGAUUGCACGGAUUACGUUCGGGCCACCUGACCACCUCUUGGUAGUUCAAGGGGUGAGACGACUCCCGCGGCCCAGCAUGAUGCCACCACCUACAUCGUCGAUCUGAGGUGUUGAGUACACGAUUCGAAUGGCGUUAGAAGUAUUUACAGCCGAUGCCUGACUUUUCUUUGCAUCGAUUAAGUUGAGAAUGUUACAAAUGUCACUCGGUCGUUCCUUCCUUCGUGGUCGAGCUCCCGGAUGCCUCCGAGCACAAUGGGAAGGCGCGAAGGAAUGAGUAGGUCAAGAGACCGUUUUGCCCUCUCGAUGCGCACAUCGCACAAUCUUCGAUGAUGUGUUUCGUCCAAAUCUGUUGUCUCAGUCAGUGUCCGUUGGUUCUCGUAUCCAGAUGGGUCAGGUUUUCACAACACUUCGAACUUGACGCAUCUGAUCAACUUGGCAAUCGAGACCGAGCAGUUCUUCCGCGCUCCGUCAUCAUCCUUCCGCCAUGGAGCAGUGGCUACCUCCAAGCCACGAGAGCACUGCCGACCUGACACGGGCUGACGGAGGCGAUCUGUGGACAGUCCUCUCCUCUCAACGCCGUGCUAGAAGCCCCUCAAGACUCACAGCGUUUUCCGAUGUCAAUGGACUGUCCUAUCUCGGUUCCAAACCCAUCACGAUGGACUGGAGUCCUAAGAAAAGGGAUCCGUUGGCGGAUAUGCUCCCCGACAGCUGGGAGCCAACUCAGAAGCAUGAUCCCAAUCCGAGUACGGAAACACCACCACAGCCCGAGAACAAGGCCCAGCCUACUGCUACUGCCCAAACUCAGAACAGAACACCUCUCUCCGCCGACGAUCUAGCCCCCGACAUGCCAUGGAACUCUGUCUCUUCCCGCAAAAGACCUACAAAGACCCGUCAGUCCCAAGCUAAGCCAAAGGCCAAGCCCAGCAAAGGUGCUGGCUCAACCUCGCCGACCGAACCUGACAUGUCCACCGACUCUACGUCCCCCCGUGAUGGGCUUGCUCUUCGGAGAUCUCCUCGGAUUUUUCAGCUUAAUGCUCACCAGAAGCUUCAGAAGACGACUCCUCCCCCUUCAAGGUCUGAAGUCGAGAAGGACAGCCAGAAACCGAAGAGUGGCCCAAUUCCCCCCAUACCUAGGAAGCGAAAGGCACGACCACAUGCGAUCGAGACUUUGGAAACGAGUGGCUCGGAUGAACGAUACAAGGCAGCAUCAGCGUUGUCGUCCAAGCCUUCCAAAGUCCCACGCCUUGAGCAAGCCAGUUCAGCCCAGGGCGAACCUACUACCAAACAGAGUGAGGCAGCAAGACCCAGGCCAGCAAACAGACAUAUUCGAACUCCAGCUGAGCCCGAGGAGGAAGUCUUUCCCCAUGAUAACAGAACUGAGAAGCACAUCCCGGCAAGUAACAAGCUUCAGACUCCCAAUGAGCCGGAGGAGUCGGUGCUUUCCGAUCACAACAGAGUAGAAAAGCAAGACUCGGCAACCACUGGAGUCCAAACUUCGAAUGAGCUGGAGGAAAUAUUGCAGCCCCCUCACAAGAGCACUCAGAAGAUCAACACGCAGCCCAUCUACCAAAAUCAGGCAAUACAGCAAUUCAGUUCCCAGCCGACAUCUGAAGACGCGUUCCUUGCUAAGACAACUGCCAAUCUGAUGGCGGUCACACAAUAUGAGCAGAGGCCAUCUCGCGAGCAAGCAGCCCUCGUACAUGCCGUAGUCAAUGAACCACCCAAACGUAUUUCAAGAGACGCUGUCUCUUCGCCAGCGCCCAAAGACAUCGUGCCUUCACAUGUCGCUCAUGUGUGGGAUAGGUUGGCUCAGAGGGGACCCCAACACCAGAUUAUCGACCUUGAACAGGCGCAGGAGGCAGUUCCCGUACUUCAACCUACAUUUCGUGGACAAAAGCAUCAUGGCGUUAACUCUCAACUCUCUAGUUCUCCUUUGUUCAUGGAUCAAGGUCCUGUUUAUGACGAUGAUCAAGAACCUGGAGCGGCACCAAGGUCGCUUAGGAACAUGUUCCACAAUGGCUUGGAGACGUUCAAAGACCAAGUUUUGCAUCGCAACACAGCUCACACACUUCGCAAACAGCCGUCCCACGACCAAUUGCCUGUCCAGGCUAUCUCUCAGCAAUCUGACCUCGCCUACUCGUUGCCGCAUGCUGCCAAUCUUACAAGCGAAUUUCAAGGAACGCCAGUUCAGCGCCCGCAAAGUCAAUGGAGUGCUUCGACGCCAUUGGAGCAAAGCAGAGCAACGAGCCCGGGAGAGGUCUGGCGGAGAGAGACAGAGGAUAACUCUACAUAUGCGAUUGUACACAAGAUAGGAAUGAUGCUACAUCGCGCACUUAAGCCGAGCGAAGAAGUUGUGGACGACAUAAUCAAGGACUACCUGGAGAAUUCAGUGCUGCUACUUGAGCUUAUGAACACUUGCCAUGAAACUGAAAGGGAAACCACUGUUGAUAACCACGACGCCGCAACCAAAAGGUUGUACUCCAUGUUCGACACAGCGUUGCAGGACGUCCGACACCUGCAGGAGCAACUGCAGUCAUUUGACAUCUCGAAGAUACUGGCCAGUGCCCGUAAGCCUGAACUUGUCAAAAAAAUGCAUAUGUUGAAUCGGUUGUGCGAUGAGCGCCUGAAAGAAUAUGUUGAAGAAUCUUCACGCGCGACGACCGAAGAAGAGGAUCCAGUCCCAAAGAAGGACGACCUUGUGGAACUCUUCAAGACACAGCUAUACGAACAGAUCGGACAUUCUGUCGACGUGACCACGAAGCUCCAGAUGAUCGAUGCGGAAGCAGAUGAGUUCAUUGAGAAUCUCCGCAACGAGAUAGGCUUUCCGAGCAAACAGUCUGAUGCUCAACGAGUCUCGGACGAACAUGAACCCGCCUUUCAAGCUAUGAAUCAGGAUGAUAACGCCAUGUUUGGUUUGAAGCAGAAGAAGCCUGCUUCUGCUGGCGAGAUGCUGUCUGAUAUUUCUCAGGAGGUCAUCGAGGUGUCGUCACACUAUGACUCGGAUAGUGAUUACGUUGACUAAUCUGUUCCUUUACAUAAUGUUUCGUUACAUUGGCCGUUGUCUAGGAAUCUUUCUGUCCCCAUUUUUCCGAACAGAUACAUGUAUCAUUGGGGGAAGUGUUAACUUUCGGGUAGUCAUGUCACAUGUGCAAAUUCUCUGUUAACUGGAGGCUGGUGGAAAGACCGGAGCUAAGUGUCUGAGAAAAUCCUAGUUCGAUAUAGACAACAAUAUUGUGCCAGUGGUGGCCUUCAAUUCACGUUGGUCUUGACACUAUAUACUGGUAGUUUC